AUGGCAGACACUCCGGGUAAGAAGAGUGCCACAAAACGCACAACGCGAAACUCCUUGUCUUGUGCGCAAUGUCGCUAUAAGCAUGUGCGUUGUGACGGCCAAAAACCAAUAUGCACGCGCUGUGAGACGGAGGCAAAAGAGUGUGUUUAUCUUCCUUCACGUCGGCGUGGGAACCCAAAAGUAAAGCAUUCGACAUACCCGGCUGAAGCUCCAGUCCCUGAAAGCUCUAUUGAGUCCUCACUGGACAGCCAUUUUCAAGCAUCUAAUACCUCGCCAUCAUCUUCAACUGCAGCUACCGGGGAAACUGAAGCAUCACUCAAUUUUAGUUCUCAGUAUUUGGCAUUAUAUUAUGACUCAUUUCAUGCGGCACACCCCUGUAUCCUGCCACUUCAUGCGUUGAAGCAGCGACUCAUCGAUCCGACAAUUCAACCCCUUCUUCGGGUGUUGUGCUAUGUUGGGUCGAUUUUUGACAGCUCGAGGCCAUCUGAAAUAUGGUACCAGUGGGCAAAUGAUGCAGUGAGCGAGAUUCGCCUUACCACUCGCUCCCUCACGACUUUCGAUAUUCAAGCUGUACUUCUAUUUGCCAUCGUCGUUUAUUGGUGCAAUGAGCCAGAACGAGGCGUUGAGCUACUUGAUGAAACAAUUCGCAUGGCAGUAUCCAUUGGAAUGAAUAAGAAGGAGUAUUCUAGGACCUAUGGUUAUGGUGAUCCUCUCCUUGAGGAAAGCUUGAGACGCACUUGGUGGGUGAUCUACAUCACCGACGCCCACAUCGCAGGCAGUACGCACACGUAUCCGUUCCGAACUAGUGGGACUAAUAUUACUACGGAUCUCCCGUGUGAAGAAGAUGAUUACGAAACUGGAAAUAUCCCACUUCCAAGAUCUAUUGAAGAUUAUGAAAACCGGGAAUUUUUCACGGAAUACGACUCUAAUUUCUCGUCAUAUGCGGAACUCAUCGGCCUGACUCUUGGAAUUGAUCGGGCUUUAUCGCCGGGGAGUACAACAGACUCUCAAUUAUACAUAGCAAUGGCUUCGGCUUCUGAUACCUGCAUCCGAGCUUGGUACAGUUUGCUACCUCCUUCGAAGAGAGAUCCUAUUCGGCCCGAUGGAUCUGUCGAUGAAGUCAUGUUCAAGGCAUUAUUUAUCAUGCACACCUACACUGUUGAAAUUCACCGACCCCUGUCCGCAUUGACUCACAGUGCAAUCGAAUCCGUCUCGCGCUGUGCUCCAAUGGCACCAUCAGAGCAACUGAAAUGCAAUAACGCAAAGGAAAAAGACCUUCACACACUAAAAUGCACGACGGCCAUAGACAGCAUCGAUGAACUGCUGACUCUGCCAACGAACAUGAAAUCGCACUCUCCAUUCAUCAUUUGCAUGAUCGCCAACCUGGCCAUCGCACAUCUGUCAGCUUGUAGAUUUAUCUAUCAUGGCCAGAGACUGUCACAAAGCCGUGAGAAGAUUCGACUUAUGAUGGGAACUCUGAAACAUCUCAGUGAGCACUGGGUUCUUGGAAAGAGAACUUACCGCGAAAUUGGGAUUGUUGCUCGAGAGUUAUUAUCGCUGGCGAAGGAUGCCCCUGUUAAUUUCCCUACAUUCGAAUUAGCUCUCCCGAAUCCUCCUUCUAUGGAUAUACCUGCUUUGGACAUGCUCCCGGACGGGAACUUUGACUUCUGUGCCUUCUUCGAUGCGGGCACAUCUGGAGUCAACGAGCCUGAUAUGCAUUGUAUUUAG